UCGGCUGUUCUGCUGCUGCGGCUACCUAAUGGGCUCACCGAUCUUCUUCUUCCUAUCUUCGUCGAGUCGGUCCGCCGGUCGAUUGGGAGCAAAUCGCCUCCGGCGCCGCCGCAGCGAUCGCCCAACUCCACCCCACUGCCUCCUCCCUCCCCGCACCACGAUCGCCUCGCCACCGCUCCGUCCCCGCCGCCGUCACCUCGCCCCCAACGCGCUCAUCCGACGCCCCGUUCCCCGCCGUCCGCGGCCCCGCGCUCCAGCCGUUCGACGAAACGCCACCGAGCCACUGGCGUGCGUCUGCUCCACGCGCACGCGCACUCGCGCUUCCAGCUUCCCCCGCCAUUCCUGGAGAGCCAAGCCGGGAGGGGAGGCCGCCGAUCCAUGUCCCUCGCGAAGCGGUACGUGCUGCGCCUCUUCAUCUCGCUCAAGUACGUGACGGCGAACGUGGUGGACCGGCAGAGCGGCCGCAUCGUGACGACCGCCUCGACCGCGGAGCGGCCGCUGCGGGACGGGCUGGAGUGCGGCCGCGCCUGCAACGCAAAGGCGGCCGCCGCAGUCGGGGAGGUGCUCGCCAUGCGCCUCAAGGUGGACGGCCUGGCCCGGGAGCCCAUACACGCCGACGCCGCGAAGGAGGUCGCCAAGAAGGGGUUCAAGAACCAGACCAAGGUCUGGGCCAUCCUCAACGCGCUGCGGAACCACGGCGUCAACCUCCACAUCGAUGACGAUGGCGACCACAGGAGGCAUGUCUGAAGCAAUCAUCAGCUCACCACCAGUGGCAGAUCUCUGUUGGAUCCACCUUCCCAACCACCGUGACAACCCCAGUGUCAACAUCCCCUACCGAAGUUUCAAUUCCUAUGGCACGAUAAAGCGAAAUGUCUCAAGAAUGGCCAGCGGGGUCUACACAGAGAAAGAAAAGGAGAUCAACAGUCAGCAUCGGUGUACCCCUGAGACUCCCGAUGGACGCCAUGGCCUUCUCGACUUUCUUGACGCAGCCAAUGCAGCGGCACUGCAUCUCGACCUGGAGCGUGAAUCGCCUGGCCCCCUCCUGUGGAUUGAAGAACCAAAUCCAUCUGUCACUCCUGACGAAAAGAACCAGCAACAGAGGAAUGAGAAGGUGAAGCCCCACACCGUCCCCAUGGUAGAGUCCUGACUCCCUUCUGUGAUGCUGUUCGCCGUUGGCGGCGAUCACAGUCUAGACUGCCGGUGACUUGGGUCGUUUAAAUAGAUGCAUCAGGUGUUGUUGACUGGGCAGUGCGCGCCACUUGUUGCUUCGUUCGUUGGUCAGCUGCAAGUUAAUGGGAGGGAGCGGAGUUCCAUGCGGAUUUGUGAAUCAGAGGAGCCACCGGUUUGCAUGCUCGUUUGACUCGACCGUUCGCAUUGGCUGGUGUUUCAUUCAGUGUUCCUGUACUGUUAUUUCGAGGAGAAGAAAAAAAAAUCACAGAGACUCGUGCUUCGAAGGGGAGAAGUGCACGUAUGUGCCUCAAAACUUCACUUCCUUUUCAUCUGGCAUGAGAUAUAGCCAUAGUGUAAUCUUACACUGGUUGCUCGUGUUUCUUUUGUGAUGUUUGCCCUCGUUGUAAAACCGUGCAAUGCUGGUAUAUUUUCCAAUGCAUGAUAACCUCCUUUCAUCGUGUUAAAUGAUUGAUUCUCCCCUGCUCAUCGCCUACACUACCAAACGUGAGUUUGCAGCCUGUAUGACUGCAGCGGAAGCCUCUAGUGGGCUUCCUUGUAGCAGAAUUUGGCCCAUAUACUACUAG